AUGAAGUUCCUCACCAUCCUCACCACCAUGUUCGCCGCCCUGGCAACGGCGUCCCCUACCUUCACCACCACCACCGCUGCGAGCGAAGCCAGCAUCGCCGCCGAAGGGGUUGCUCCUAUCGACGUCCCCAUCUGUGCUUUCGACCCAGUCAAGGGCGAGUACGUGUGCCCCGAUAGCACUACCAACAUGUCCAUUGAGUCCGCCGGCAACGAGACCAGCACUACCUCGAAGGACAGCACUAGCGCUGCCGCCGCCGCCGCCGUCGAGGCUGCCGACUGGGACGAUUGCAUGAAGGUAAGCCUCUCUGACUGCAUCCUCUCGCAGGUAUGA